CGUGACCUCAGGCCAGUGGGUGGCGCCAUUAGGGUAACAAGUAAAAUAAAAGCGCCGGGAGAUGGGGGUGGAGCCUGUUGAGUCAGGUUCUCUGACAGCCUUUGCCCCUGCGUCUUUUUACUAGAGUUUCUCGAGUAAGUCGGGAGGCGUCCCACGGAACCGAGAUGGUGGAGGCCUGGUAUAUGGAUGACUCUGAGGAGGAUCAGAGGAGACCCCACAGAUUAGAGCCGGAGCGUCCGGUCAGCCUGGCCCAUCUGCAGCAGCUCGGCGUCUUUUACUGGAAACUGGAUGCUGACAAGUAUGAGGAUGACCCAGAGCUAGAGAAGAUCCGAAAAGAAAGAAAAUACUGCUGGAUGGACAUCAUAACCAUUUGUAAAGACAAAUUGCCAAAUUAUGAGGAAAAGAUCAAGAUGUUUUAUGAAGAACAUUUACACCUUGAUGAUGAGAUUCGAUAUAUCCUGGAUGGAAGUGGCUACUUUGACGUAAGAGAUAAAGAAGACAAGUGGAUCCGAAUCUUCAUGGAGAAAGGGGACAUGAUAACCCUUCCAGCUGGGAUUUAUCAUCGCUUCACCCUGGAUGAAACAAACUACGUUAAGGCGAUGAGACUGUUUGUUGGAGAACCGGUCUGGACAGCAUACAAUCGUCCGGCUGAUCAUUUUGAAAUUCGAGGACAAUAUUUGCAGUUUCUGGCCCAAAAAGGAUAGUAUUGCACCCUGGAGCCUGACACACUACUUGGAAAUGGACUAAACAUGAUAAUUAAGCAAACUAUUAAGUUUUUCUUCCAUGCCAUGGACUUGAGUUUGAGUUCUUUUCAAGAUUGUCUGAUUCAAGAAAAGAAGAGUCAUUAAUUCAACAUGGAAUGAACUGAAAUUGGGGAUAAAUCCUUAUUUUAAAAAAAUUUGUUUCUUUAAAUAAUGUAAAGCAAGAAUAAUGGUUUGGGUUACAUGGUGUAAAAAAGAAGAUUCUUUCUUGUAUAAUGGAUGAUUUGCCUCAUUGGAGGAGGUGUUACACCAGUAAGAAGUUGGGGAGGACCCAGUGAUUAGGAAAAGAAUUAGGUAAAAAUCUAUUGAGAGAGAAAAAUGGUAACAUGUCUCUCUCCCCCUCCCUAGAGUGAACAGGAGCAGGAGUUUAAGGUAAACUAUAAGAGAGGGAAAGAUAAUUCUCUCACCUUCUCAAGUGAUAUUCAAGCAGACUAUUCCUUGAGUCCCUUUUGGAGUAAUGGUGGGGAUGAGAUGUCAGUCUUCCCUGUCAGCAGCUCUAGGGGAAGGUUUCUAUAUUACCUUCCCCAAAAGAGAUACGUGGCAGGCCUUGUCUGGCCUCUCCACAAAAGGACUGGCCUCAAGCUUUGGGGCCUGUCCCCAGUGACCUAAACACCCUUUUUAUUGAAUUAGGCCAACCAAAAAUCUGACUGUUAACUAAUGGAUUUAUUGAAAGGAUAAGGUAAAUGGGUUGAGGGGAAGUGGGUAGAGGGAGCCCUGACAGGUUAUCUAUGCAGUUGCAGGUCCAAGGGGCCGAUGUCUGUGCCCACAAAUGUCUCUGCCCCUUUCCCAGCUAAAUGCCUUUUUUAUAAUCCAAAUGCUAGUAUAUCCUAAAGGACUAACUUAGAAAUAGUUCAAUAGUUCAAAUAGUCAAGGAGGACUUUCAGGAGGGCUGGACUCUGAUCAGAGAAUCCUAGCCAGCACCCCCUCAGGGGUCUGUGUUUGUAGCAGAUGGAGGAAACUAGUAGGAUUUCUGGAGAGAAAGCAGCUACUGAUUAAAGCAGGAAAUCAAGGUCUUCACUGGUAGCUUCCGAAGUCCUUCGGCCAACUCAGAAACUGGACCUUCCAGCUCUUAGUCCUGAGAUCGAGUAAAAUCCUUUUUGGAAGUAUCUCUUAAGUAGGAUGUUAAACCUAUCCCUUGCCUUGUGAAGGGUAGGUACCUGAUACCAUAUAAGCACUAGAAAUUGUUUCUAAUUAAUUGCUAAGUUAAUCAGAAAUCUUGUUUCUAAUUCUGAACCUUUAAGAGGUUCUACAUAAGAUACUACAUAAAUUCGUUGUAUCCCAAGUUAGUGUUCUCAUAAUAGGAGAUUUAGCAGGCACAUCUACCAAUUACCUAUAUCUUGGAGAACUAGAUCUUUGUGGCAUUGUAAGAAAAUCUGUCUAGAUUUUCAAUUGUAAUCCAUCUUAAAAUCUUAAAAUUUUCCAUAAGACCUAUACUAACCAGAUUAUGUUCCUGUCUUAGAGGUGAGAAAAAGCGAAAGAUCAAGCUAAAUGAAAGUUUCCUAAAUUCUUAGUUCUUUAAUAGGUAAAAUGGGCUGCCAGCUGAUCAAAUGAUUCUCUUACAUCCGUAGUAACCUCAUUUACCCAAGUCAUUGUUCCAUGUAAGUAAUCAAAUAGAAAAUGCUCAACUAUUGACUUUUUAAAAUUUGUCUUUAAAAAUGUCUUUGCAAAGCAAAACUUUGUAAUUAUUGUAGAAACUGAAUAUUAAAGAGAAACGAAGUUCAAA